AUUCUAUAUAAGCGACCUUUUCACUGGCAUUGAGGAACCACAGACAAAACUCAGUUUCAACAAUGGCCACAAAAAUACAAGCCAUAUCUUUUCUCGUCUCCAUCCUAGUCCUAGCCCUGAUUGGGGUCUCUCAUGCCGGUGGUAUCGCAAUUUAUUGGGGUCAAAGCGGCUCCGAGACAACCUUAAACGAAACUUGUAACUCUGGACUAUACAAAUUCGUAAACAUUGCCUUCCUCAACAAAUUCGGCAGCGGCCGAACCCCCGUGCUCAACCUUGCAGGCCACUGCAACCCAGCAAAUGGUGGUUGCAGGGUUGCGAGUUCAGCCAUAAGAAACUGCCAAGAGAAAGGCAUCAAGGUGAUGCUCUCCAUCGGUGGUGGUAUUGGUCAGUACUCUCUGGCUUCUAAAGACGAUGCCAAGAAGGUAGCCGCUUAUUUAUACACCAACUUCUUGGGUGGAACAUCAGCUUCGCGGCCAUUAGGAAGUGCCGUGUUGGAUGGUAUCGACUUUGACAUAGAGCUUGGCUCCACUAAAUAUUGGGACGAUCUUGCACGCUACUUGGCCGCAUAUAGCAAACCGGGAAAAAAAGUAUACCUAUCGGCCGCUCCUCAGUGUCCGAUCCCUGACAAAUUCUUAGGGACUGCCCUUAGUACUGGGCUUUUUGAUUAUGUUUGGGUUCAGUUUUAUAACAAUCCCCCAUGCCAAUACAGUCCUGGAAACACAAGCAAGAUUUUAGCUUCAUGGAAGCGGUGGGCUGACAUAAAGGCAAUAAAAAAGUUGUUUUUAGGGUUACCGGCAGCCAAGGCGGCAGCUGGAAGUGGGUACAUUCCACCUGCCGUGCUAAUCUCUCAAAUCCUUCCUGAGAUCAAGAAAUCACCAAACUAUGGAGGUGUUAUGCUGUGGAACAGGUACUAUGACAGGGUCAAUGGCUAUAGUGCUGCCAUUAAGACAAAGGUGUAAACUAUAUAUGCUUAUGAAUAGCUAAGCAACCUUGCCAGGCUUAGUAGCCUAAUAAGUCCAUGAAUCCAAAUUAGUGGGGGCAAAUUAUGUGUUGAAUGAAUAAGUUGCUUCUGUGUUUUCUUUUUUUUCCAUGAAUGUGUUAAUUAUCUAAUUAUGCGCCAGUCUAGUAG